AUGACCGUUCCUACCAGCCCCGCGCAAGCGCAGAGUGGCUCCGAAAAGCAGAUUCAGUCUGAAGACCAUAUCAUCAAUGACUUCCCCAUCAAGGACAAGGAGGAUGACUCCGACGAAGGCUCUGAGAUCAAACAAGAUGGCGUUAAGCGUGUCGAGGCCAUAACCAAGGUCUGGACUCCUGGUAUGAUGUGGGCUGUCUUCAUCUUCCUGUACUUGGUCAACUUUGUCGAUACCCUUCUUCAGGCUGUUCAUUCUAGUCUGGUGCCAUAUAUCACAUCUUCUUUCAACCAACACGGUCUGCUGGCCAUUACUAGCGUCUUUGGAAGUAUUAUUGCAGGAGUCUCCAAACUCGCGAUUGCCAAGAUCAUCGAUAUCCGUGGACGUAACGAGGGAUUCCUAUUGAUGAUUCUAAUCACCAUUGUUGGAGUGAUCAUGAAGGCUUGCUGUCAGAAUGUCGAGACAUAUGCUGCUGGACACACCUUUUACUGGGUUGGACAUGUCGGUCUGAGCUACAUCAUCGAUGUCGUUCUCUCUGAUAUGACCACUCUCCGCAAUCGCAUGAUCAUGUUUGGUCUAUACAUGAGCCCUCGGCUUGCUUCAACCUUUGGGGGCCCUACGAUUGCCGACCUCUUUUACAAGCAUUCAACCUACCGGUGGGCCUUUGGCUCGUUUUGCAUCAUUCUGGUUUUCUUCUCAAUCCCUGUCUCUGCCAUCUUCAUGUACCAUGAGAUCAAGGCAAAGAAGCUUGGCUAUCUGCCUGAGAAGAGCCAGCGUAGUGCUUGGGAGUCCACCAAACACUAUUUCGUCGAGUUUGACGUUGUCGGUAUGGUCCUGACUAUUGCUGGCUUCUCUUUGAUCCUGACACCACUCAACAUUGCAACACGAGCGCCCAAUGGCUGGAAGACUGACUACAUAAUUGCCAUGCUUGUUGUUGGUGUUGUCUGCCUUGUUGGCUUCGCUGCCUGGGAGAAGUGGUAUGCCAAGGUUCCCUAUGUUCCCUUCAAGUUCCUCAAGGAUCGAACCAUUCUUGGUGCUUGUCUUCUCAGUGCUUUCCUGAACAUGUCUAUCUUCACUUGGGACACCUAUUACAACUCAUACCUUCAGGUCGUUCACAGUCUCAGUAUUGCUACUGCUGGAUACACGCUCAACGCCUUCUCUGUCACUUCGACCAUUCUAGCCCCUUUCAUCGGACUCUUCCUUCGCUGGUACGGGCGAUACUACUGGCCCGCUGUUUUUGGUAUUCCCUGGUGUGUGCUCGGCACUGCUCUCCUCAUUCACUUCCGACAACCUGGAAACGAUACUGGGUACCUUGUCAUGUGUCAGGUUUUCCAUGGUGUUUGCGGUGGUAUCUGGGCCAUGUGUGGACCUCUUGCCAUCAUGACCCAAGUCAGUCACCAGGAGAUUGCUGUUGUCCUGGCUCUCUACUCCAUGUUUGGCUCCAUUAGUCAGGCCAUCGGAUUCGGUAUUUCAGGCGCUCUAUGGACCAACGACCUGCCCAGGGAGAUGUAUAAUGCUCUUCCUCAGGACGCCAAGAACCAGACUGCUGCACUCUACGGUGAUAUGAAACUCCAGAUGGCUGACCCCAUCGGCACUCCUAUCCGAGAUGCUGUUAUUUAUGCCUACGGGGUUGUCCAACGCGAGAUGGUUAUCGCCGGCUGCGCUUUCCUUCCUUUGAUCUGUGUUUGCGUCCUUGUCUGGCGUAACAAGCCCAUUGACAAGCAGCAGACCAAGGGAAAUGUCUUCUAG